AUGGACGAUGGUAACGAGGAGCGGUCGAAGCGUCUCUGCCGCAAGAUGGAUCUACACAUCUUGCCAGUCGUAGCCCUUCUCUACCUCUUCUGCUUCCUCGAUCGCGCCAAUAUUGGCAAUGCCCGCUUGGCUGGCAUGGAGAAGUCGCUACACAUGGAAGGUUUGGACUUCAACCUCCUGCUCUCGGUCUUCUAUAUGGCAUACAUCGUCUUUGCUCUCCCCUCGACGAUGCUUUGCAAGGUUGUCGGGCCCCGCUUCUGGCUGCCCUCGAUUGCCAUUGGCUUUGGCAUCUCUUCGCUGGCUACGGCUUUUGUGCACACCCUGCGAGCGGCCUGGGCCACCCGCUUUUUCCUUGGCGCCUCCGAAGCUGGCGCCCUCCCAUCCAUUUCGUUCUACCUCUCGCGCUGGUAUCGACGCGACGAGUUGGCCUUUCGACUGUCUUUGUACAUCGUCUCGGCACCUCUUGCAGGCGCUUGGGGUGGUCUGCUAGCAUCAGCGAUUCUCAAGAUUGACCACAUCGGCUGGCUGAGGGACUGGAGACUAAUCUAUUUCUGUGAGGGCAUCGCCACAGUCGGUGUUGGAGCCGUCGCCUUCUUCCUCCUCAGCGACAGCCCGCAGACAGCCGGAUGGCUCACGCCAGAGGAGAAGAUGUUGGCAGUAACUCGCAUGCUGCAGGAUGUGAAGGGGACGGCUUCUCAGACUACUGACCACAGAAUUCGGCUCCCUCAAGUCAAAAGGGGAAUCUUCUGCGUCACGACACUCUCCCUGUGCUUUGCAUUCAUGAUGAACAACAUCAUUGUUCAAGGGCUUGCCUUCUUCCUGCCAACGAUCAUUCGUACCCUCUAUCCAGGUCGUACCAUCAUCCAGCAACAGCUGCUGACUGUGCCGCCCUGGAUCGCUGGCAGUAUUUCCACCCUCGUGGUGCCCUACCUGUCGAUGAAGACUCGACACAGAAGUGGCUGGAUUAUCAUGUCUGCCCUCUUUGCGGUAAUCGGCUUCGCGGUCUACACUGGUACACAUGCUCGCGACGCCAAGGCUCGCUACACUGCCUCAUUCUUUGUUUGCAUCGGGUCAUUCCUCAUUGGGCCCAUCUUACAAGGCUGGGCCUCUGGCAACCAGACGGAAGACUCCAGUCGAGCAGCCGCCAUUGGGACUACCGUCACCGCCGGCAAUAUCGGCGGCUUCAUUGCCUGCUGGACGUUCCUCCUACGAGACGCCCCUGAUUAUCACUCUGGCAAUGCCAUCAACCUGGCUUGCGCUUGUGGGAUCGUGGUGAGCGUCGCCUGCCUUGGCGCUUACCUCUGGCGGGAGAACGGGCGGCGCGACGCGGGCGAUCGCGACGAGCUCCUCGUCGGCCUAUCGGAGGAGGAUAAGGAGAAUCUCGGGCACCUCCAUCCUGCUUUCCGGUACUGUCUGUGA